AUGACCGCGUGCCAGUUUCUCUCCCUACAGGCUCGCCUCCGUACCCUUUGGAAAGCCUCGCAGUUUUCCCAGACCGUGCCGCUGGAAGAACAGAUCCACCCGUUCCAACCAGGGGACUUCGUCUGGGCCAAAAAGUUCGUUCGUGGCGACACCCUCCAGCCGAGGUUUACUGGACCCCACCAGGUUCUUUUAACAACCCAGACUGCAGUGUUCCUGGAAGGACGCAAAUCCUGGAUCCACCACUCCCACGUCAAGCCAGCUGUAGUGGACCACAGUGACGGACCAGCAGCUCUUGCCACCACUGAGGACACUGCCUCCGACCAGUGGACCAGCUUACCUCUUUCAGACAUCAGACUUAAAUUGACUCGGCAAAAAUGA